CUGCAUCAAGUGUGUAUAUAAAUGAUCCUGAGAACUGCAUCAGGUGUGUAUAUAAAUGAUCCUGAGAAUUGCAUCAGGUGUGUAUAUAAAUGAUCCUGAGAACUGCAUCAAGUGUGUAUAUAAAUGAUCCUGAGAACUGCAUCAAGUGUGUAUAUAAAUGAUCCUGAGAACUGCAUCAGGUGUGUAUAUAAAUGAUCAUGAGAACUGCAUCAAGUGUGUAUAUAAAUGAUCCUGAGAACUGCAUCAGGUGUGUAUAUAAAUGAUCCUGAGAAUUGCAUCAGGUGUGUAUAUAAAUGAUCCUGAGAACUGCAUCAAGUGUGUAUAUAAAUGAUCCUGAGAACUGCAUCAAGUGUGUAUAUAAAUGAUUCAGAGAACUGCAUCAGGUGUGUAUAUAAAUGAUCCUGAGAACUGCAUCAGGUGUGUAUAUAAAUGAUCCUGAGAACUGCAUCAAGUGUGUAUAUAAAUGAUCCUGAGAAUUGCAUCAGGUGUGUAUAUAAAUGAUCCUGAGAACUGCAUCAGGUGUGUAUAUAAAUGAUCCUGAGAACUGCAUCAGGUGUGUAUAUAAAUGAUCCUGAGAACUGCAUCAAGUGUGUAUAUAAAUGAUCCUGAGAAUUGCAUCAGGUGUGUAUAUAAAUGAUCCUGAGAACUGCAUCAGGUGUGUAUAUAAAUGAUCCUGAGAAUUGCAUCAGGUGUGUAUAGAAAUGAUCCUGAGAACUGCAUCAAGUGUGUAUAUAAAUGAUUCAGAGAACUGCAUCAGGUGUGUAUAGAAAUGAUCCUGAGAACUGCAUCAGGUGUGUAUAUAAAUGAUCCUGAGAACUGCAUCAGGUGUGUAUAUAAAUGAUCCUGAGAACUACAUCAGGUGUGUAUAUAAAUGAUCCUGAGAAUUGCAUCAGGUGUGUAUAUAAAUGAUCCUGAGAACUGCAUCAGGUGUGUAUAUAAAUGAUCCUGAGAACUGCAUCAGGUGUGUAUAGAAAUGAUCCUGAGAACUGCAUCAGGUGUAUAUAGAAAUGAUCCUGAGAACUGCAUCAGUGAGAACCUGUUAAAGGAAAUGGCUGAUCGAAUUGCCUCAGAUGGCUUCCGAGAGGCUGGAUACGAGUAUGUCUGCAUUGAUGACUGUUGGUCUUCGAUGAACCGUACAGCCGACAAACGCUUGGAACGCGACAUUACACGAUUUCCCAAUACGAUUAAAAAACUUGCCGACUAUAUCCACAGCAAAGGACUCAAGUUUGGCUUGUAUGCAGAUUAUGGAACCAAGACAUGUGCUGGUUACCCUGGCAGCAUCAAUCAUGUGAUAAGGGAUGCUGAGACUAUGGCCGAGUGGGGUGUGGACUACCUGAAGCUGGACGGUUGCUAUGCCGACCCGGCCGCCAUGGACCAGGGGUACCCUCUAUUCACUCGCGCUCUGAACAUCACAGGCCGACGGAUCAUGUUCUCUUGUAGUUGGCCCGCAUACCAGGUGUACAGGAAGAUAGAGCCCAACUAUGAGCUCAUCGGAAAAUAUUGUAACUUGUGGCGAAAUUAUGGCGAUAUUCAGGAUUCCUGGCGAAGUCUGCUGUCAAUUAUCGACUGGUACGGGGACAAUCAAGACAAGCUCAUCCCGGCCGCGGGGCCUGGGCACUGGAAUGACCCAGAUAUGUUGAUCAUCGGUAACUUCGGACUGAGUUAUGAGCAAGCAAAGACACAGAUGGCGAUCUGGGCCAUCCUAGCGGCGCCUCUGUUCAUGUCAAAUGAUCUUCGCAACCUAGAUCCCAAAUUCAAAGAGAUCUUGAUUAACAGGGAAAUAAUAUCUGUAAAUCAAGAUCCCAUCGGACGACAAGGAAGACGAAUUUAUAAGAAUAACAAGACCGGGUUGGAGAUCUGGCGCCGUUAUCUUGCUGAUGGCAGCGUUGCCAUAGUGAUGAUGAGCAGACGAGAGGACAUGCCUGUCUUCGUCACAGCACCUUUUUGGAAGGUUGGCAUAACAUCAGUCAAGGCUCACGUCAGAGAUUUGUUCGCGCAACGGAACCUCGGCGUCUACACGCGCAAAUUCACCGCAAAAGUGAACCCGUCAGGGGUGGUGAUGGUACGGCUACGCCCCUGCUGCCCAAAGGACGUUGCCAUGGCGAAUGUGGCUUGUCAUACGUGUGACGUCAUCCACGCUAGAGGCAAGAGGACUCGUAGCUCAAAAAGGCGUUAUUACAAGAAGAGCAAGAAGCAUAUUAAAAAGAUGUUCGUGCUUAAUUCGUUCUGGGAUUACUAGUUUUAUGGUAACCUCCAAUCUAGUAAAAAAAAUAUCUUAUUAUAAUCAGUCGCGAUUGAAAACAAAGGGCGAAUCGUUCAAAAAAGUUCUGCCUUUCACUCUCUAUCUAUGCCCCGUGCUUUUUCGUUGUUCAUCAACUUUUAUAUUAAAUCAAUUUUUUGUAAAACGUGCCCAGUUGGAAAAGCACAGAGAACAGUGUAACAAUGUAACGAGAACCAAAUCAAAGUAAAGAUAUACUUGGAAGAUACUCGGGAAUUUUAUGGGGCUCUAAGGUACCUAAGGAUAUUAUUUUGCUAUCUAUUUGUUAAUAUGUUCUCUUUUUUUGCGUGCGUCUGUCCUCUAAUAUAUGCACAGAUAACGUCACAGCGUGUGACAAACAAGUAAGCAGACGAGAAUUAGACUAAAAAUAGAGUAUGGAAAGUUUGUCAAUCAAAAAUGUUACAACCGGUGUGUACGUAAUGUUUCUAACUACUUUGUAUUCACGAUAUCCAACUUUCCUUUAUUCGAAUAAACUCUGAAAUCAUCUCUC